CAUUUGGUCACGGCAGAAGCGUCUCCAAUUAUCCAGGAGCACAUCCCUGAAUUUGCGCUCUUUUGCCUCCAGAUCCAUCCACAUUGAUUUUGAGCGAGCCGUGAUCAAUGCGGACGACUCAAGAAAUCUGCAUGUGCAUAACUCAUGCGGGAUGAUUGAUGUGUAUUUGCGCAAAGAAAUCAAACAACGGGCAAAGGGAAAAUCCUUAAACAGAAAUUCUAUUCUAUCCACAAUAUGAAAUAAACAAUAUGUGAGUUUAGGUGUGUCUAGGACAAGUUGUUUCCAUGUCUCUAGGUGUGAUCACCGUUUCUUCACGUGGUAUGUAAAAACGAUCAUUCAAUUCGAUAGGCAUGCUGGUCCUCCUCAGUCCCCUACCAGUCCAGAUCUGUCUGAUGAGUGGGCCGCCUUCACACCACACGCGCCCCGCUUUAAACCUGCACCUGUCGGGUGUUAACUGGAAAUAAUCGACACGUUUGGGGAGAGAGAUGAUGGUGGCGGCGGCUCGGUUCAGCACGCUGGACAGCGCUCGUGGAAGUUGGAGAGGACGGCCGCGCGCGGACACAGGAGGAUUUAAUUGAUACGAAUUUGUGGGAGCUGCUGGAGAGAUGAGCCAUGGUUGAUUUUAAGUGCUUAUUACCAACAACAGGCGCAGUUAAACCGAGAGCGGACUUUCUGGAGUGAGACAUGGACUUUGCUGAAAUUAUUUUCGCUUUGUUCAUCAUCGUGGUCGCGGUCGUCUCGCUGUUGUCAAACUUGUUGGUGCUGCUAUGUUUCGUCCACAGCACCGAGAUACGCCGCCAGGUGCCCGGUGUUUUCACCAUGAACUUGUCCUUCUGCAACAUACUCAUCACUGUUUUGAACAUGCCGGCCACUUUGGUGGGAAUUAUCAGGGACCAGCAGCCUUUCGGGGAUUGCAUUUGCCACACGGUGAGCUUUCUGGAGACUUUUCUGACUGCGAACACCAUGUUGAGCAUGGCAGCUCUCAGCAUAGACCGGUGGAUUGCGGUGGUCUUCCCGCUCAGUUACUCCACUAAAAUGCGCUACAAGGACGCGCUGAUCAUGGUGUGCUACUCCUGGCUGCACUCCUUCACCUUCUCCCUGACGGCGCUGCUCUUCUCCUGGGUCGACUACAACGACGUUUACGCGUCCUGCACCUUGCAGCCGAGCGAGGAAGGCAGCGACAGGAUUAAGUUUACAAUCUUCACUGUUGUUUUCCACGCCACCAGUUUCAUGCUCUCCCUGCUCAUAUUGUGUUUCACCUACUUGAAGGUGUUGAAAGUCGCCAGGUUUCACUGCAAGCGGAUCGACAUUAUCACCAUGCAGACUCUUUUCCUUCUGGUCGACAUUCACCCAAGCGUGAAACAGAGAUGUUUAGCAGAGCAAAAGAGGAGAAAGCAGAGAGCCACAAAGAAGAUCAGCAUCUUCAUCGGCUCAUUCAUCAUCUGCUUUGCUCCCUAUGUAAUUACAAGGUUGGCUGAGCUUUUACCCUUCGUGGACAUCAACCGCCGCUGGGGGAUCAUCAGUAAGUGCCUGACAUACAGCAAGGCUGCAUCUGACCCCUUUGCCUAUUCCCUCCUACGUCAGCAGUACAAGAAAGUGCUGGUUACUGUCGUCAACAGGCUGCUCCGCCGUGACCUAUACCCCUCAUCUGGCCACAACAGCUCUUUGGACACAGAGAACGACUACUGUCUCCAGAGGAUCAGCUAAUGGCAGACGCGGACAUGACAGAUACACACUACAGGCCAAAAAUAAAGGUUGCCUCUUGGAAGAAGGUGUGCGGAGGAAACGAAUGAGGAGAGAAACAGAGAGGGCAGGAUGCUGUUAGGAAGGGAAAAGAGAGCAGAGGAGGGGACCGAUUGUGGGUGGGGGGCGAAGAAAGAGAGCAAAAAUAAGGAAGAUAGUGGGUGGAGAAGAUUGAGAAGACAGUAAUGAGGGGGAGGAUGAAGGUGGCGGAGUGGAAGACAGAUAGGGAGUGACGGAGACGAUGUGGAGACGGCCUCAGAAAGUAUUGGUAAACAAGAGAGCUGUGAUUCAUCGGUGGCAGCAAAACACACUAAACCACACAGAUGCACACACAGAUCAGACAAAUCAAUUUCAUGGAGUAAGUAGUGGGUUCAGAUUAAUCUCAAACGGAAGGACCACACAGCUGGACACCGGCCUCUUGUUCUCUUUGAGCGACAUGUAUAAAGUGGCCUUUUGUACUGUACCAACCACUUUGUAAUGAUUUUGGCAAAUCCACAUGUCCUCUGCCACAGGGACAAAGCAAGAAGCUAAAGGUCGAUAGGUGCUGGAGUGAAGAUGUGAAAAGAGGAAAGACUGUGUUGCUACUGCUUCUGGAUAAUGUAUUCUUAGGUGUGGAGACUCAACUGCUGCACAUUAUUGCUAUGUUCUACAGUAUAUUGACUAUGUUAGACUACUUUGCAGUGUCAGUCACUGAAUAUUGAUGCACUUUGUCUAAUUCUCUCAGAGCUACUAUAGUUACAGGAGCCAAAGACAAAUAACAUUUACACCAUGAUAUUAAAUGGCAUGGCUGGUGAUAACUAUAUUUUUGUUAUCGUCAACAAGUGCCAUGUGAACACCAAAAUCAACAAGGAGUUGCUCCAUCUCUAAAUAUUUUCAGAGCCUUUUUUAAUUUUUAGUUUGUGGCACUUUUGCCAUUAUUUGAGAGGUAUGACAUGCAACACAUGUCUUCUGUCAAAUCAAACUGUCAAUCAAACAUUGUGCUUUUAACAUAUGGGAUGCAUCUAAAUUACUAGGACACAAUGAUGUAUGAUGAUCUUAAAAAACAGGUCAUGGAUAUAUACUUUCAUUUUUUAAAACAAAUUUCAUAAUUUCUUAAAUCAGCUGGGCACUGUAGUUUUUAGAGAACAUUGCUCAAACAGGAAAACAUGUAAAUUGUUUGGGAACUAUUUUUAGAUGCAGAUUUAUACACAUUUGAUGCACUGGGAAGUAUUUAUGACAGCAGUACGGGUUAGUUUGUUUGACCGAAAAUAAACUACAGUGCCCUGGUUUGUGGUAGUGAAGAAACAUGUCACCCAGUGCAACAGCAUGUGCUGAUGAGUUUUUGGACGAUUGACAAACAUAGACCACCAAUGGGUUUAUUUGAAUGCCAGGUGUACUAGUGGUCAUUUCACCAUGUUCCAAGUUCCUACGCCACUUGGUCUGCAUAGCAUCUUAGUUUGGAUGUGUUUCAUUUAAUUAAAUACAACUCUCUUGUGAAUUAAACCAGCAUACUCACAAGUCCAGGAGGCAGAGAUAACACUUGUUAGUAGGAUCAAUUCAUUAUUGGUUUGGUUUUCUUUAUUGGCUCUUUAUGGGAUUUGUUGACAAAAAGAAAAACAUAGAAUAUCACCCAACUUAUCCUUUAAAGUGUGAGUUUGUAACUGAAUGUACUAGAGUUAGCCCACUUUUGACUGAAAUGCAUAUGUACAACUGUGCUUUGUUUUGCCAGUUGACUGGAGAAAAUGUUUAUAUGGAUAUUUACAUGAUGUUAUUAUAUAUUUUGCACUGUACAGGAACAACUUUUUGUCUAGAUAAAAGGGGAGCAAUGUAAUGUAGCAUAGGAAUGCUUUCAAAGUGCUUUAAACACACCGUUUUGUGUUUGUGCCAGAUUUAAUAUGUGACUUUUUCAGUGACUUAAACCAGAAUAGCUGCUUUAUUAUUAAAAAUCUGUUUCUUUCGAUGUAAAUGUAUGUAUUUUUCCUCCUGUAAGCCACUUACUGUUCUUUGGCAGUGCGAUUAGCUAUUUGUAGAAUAUGUGCAAUAAAAGCUGUCAAUUAAAAAGCUA